UUAAAAUCGAAGGUUUAGAAAAUGAUUUACACAAGAUUUUAUACGGUAAUAUCAAUCUCAUAAGUUUUGAUUUGUCUGGUUCUUCUGCCCCUUCUCUAGUAAGGAGCAGCAGAAGUCAAUGAAGACAAUGUCGGUGUGGGAGCACAGGGCCAACCAGCUGAGGAGGCAGAACCGGGCGAGCUGCGAGGCCCUCUACUGUGAGCUGGAGCCUGAGGAGCGUCUCCGCCUGUCCACGGCCCUCCACAUUCGGCCCGAUAUGAAGACCCACCUUGACAGGCCGCUUGUUGUUGAGCCUCACGAUGGUCCCUUGCUGGGCGGCCACCAACACCAUCAUCACAAGCCCUGCAUGCCAGAGGAGGCUGAGACUGCCGCUGACCCUCUUCCACCUUCUGUGCCUCACCAGCCCCGACGCCACCACCGUCACAGAGACAGGGCCAGGGUUAGAGAGGAGACAAAUGAUAAUGGCGACACCAGUAAAGACGGGGGCCACCACGUCCAUCACAGCCGCUCCAAAGACCACGACGGCAGCCGUGGAAAAGAGGGAAAGAGUGAGAGGUCCCACAGCCGAGAGGGAGGCAGGAGGCAUCACCAUCAGAGCUCAGUGGACGACAGUGGAGGUGGAGGAGUCACGAAUGAGAGAGAGCAUCGCCAUCAUCAUUCACACCGACAGUCCCGAGGGGGCAACGGGACUGUGAACAGCGGAGGCAAGGGAGAGCGUAGAUCCCGCCACAGAGAUGGACGUUCAUCUAACAGGGACGGGGAUAAGAAUUCCAAAGGAGAAAGUGGUGCCAACGGAGCAAGGAGAAGACAUCGGAAUCAUGGAUCUAGGGGUCAGUCUGCAGUUGAAGGAGAGGAGUCCAACGGGAGAGAGAAGACCCACAGUAACAGUUUGUACAGUUUGUAAGUUUGAUGAUGUCAUGCCGGGGGGAGCUGCACCUGCACAGACUAAGCUCUGACCUGGCUGCUGUCCAACAUCUGUAGAGGAGGAAUGCGCACAGAGAGAGAAAACAUGUGUGGAAGUGAUGCAUGGGGCGAGUUCACGUGAACUCACUUGAAAUAUCAUGGCUUCAGGCAGGCAGGUCAAGUGAUAAAACAUUGUUCCAGGUAAGUUAUUACUAACUUAGAAACAUUGUUUUUGCGCCUUCCACCUUCUCUCCACCGCUCUUUGUGACUUUCUGUCUUAAACACACACAUGCUGUUCACAGUGCAGAAAACAACAAGAGCACUGACACUUUGGUAUUUGUAGUCUCCUAAAUAUCACAGGUAUACACAAUGCAUCCAAGCACGUACAUACCCCUUUAAUAACCCUAUGCAUAAGCAAUUUGACUUAAUUACAUUUACACACAGAUUUUCAGGAAGUGUUACAGUUUUUCCACCAACUAGUUCAUGGUGAAUAUGUGUACCUUUAUAUAAAGCCUAGUUGUUUUUCUAUUUUCUUACAUUUCUGCAGUGUUUUGUAUACAGCUUAACUCUGUGUUGGAUGGUAAU